AUGUCCUGGAACAACAACGGCCACCCGUUCAACUCCUAUCCCGGUAACUGGGACAACCACCCGUUCUUUAACGCCAUGCCCGGGUUUGGCAUCGACCACGCCGAUCAGUCCAACUCUAACGAUCAGGGACCCCACCCGUGGGCCCAGAAUAUUCAGAGCAUGCUGAACGCCUUCCCCUUCGGGCCCGGCCCCGGCGGUCCUCGUCGCGGCUUCGGCCAUGGCGGGCCCGGCGGUCGAGGCGGCUGGCGCGGACGCCGCGGUCGCCACGAUCACCACCGCGGCGGACCACCGCCUCCACCUCCGCCCCACGACGGCGCGCCCGCAACCGACCCCGUCGCCGACCCCGACACCUCCGUGUCAAAACCCAUCUACAUAUCUCUCUCCCCCUUCGCCCGCCCCUCCACCCCGCAGGCCUACACCCUCCACGUCGCCCUGCCCGGCGCCAAGAAGCAGGACAUCGGCGUCGACUGGGACGCCGACCGCUCGACCCUGCGCAUCGCCGGCGUCCUCCACCGGCCGGCCGAUUCGCAGCUCCUCGAGGCUCUGCUGCCCUCGCACGCCGAGCGCCGGGUCGGCUUCUUCGAGAGGGUCGUCGCGCUGCCGCCUGCGGGCCAUGAGCAGCCGAGGCGCGAGCAGAGGGUCUUUGUCGAUGGCGAGGCCGAGGCCGAGGAGAGCGAGACUGAAGAGGGGCGGGAGGAGAUUGAUGGUGCUGGGAUCAUGGCCAAGAUGGAGGAUGGCAUUUUGAUCGUUACUGUGCCCAAAGUCGAGAGAGGGUGGACCGAGGUCCGGAAGGUAGACAUUGAGUAA